AUGUGGAAGGCAGCACUCUUGACACUGUGCUUAUUGGUGGCCCUGGUAGACAGGGUGCACCCCAGUGAUGGUCAUCCCUCUUUUUAUGGGGUGAAACUGUGUGGAAGAGAGUUCAUACGAGCUGUCAUCUUUACCUGUGGUGGUUCUCGCUGGAGGAGAAACGCAGAAGACUCAGCACUUAUUGGAGAAGAGACCUAUGAUCCAUGGAAGACAAAUCCCAUCCCUCAACUUAUGAGCGAGCAAGAUCCUGCAGAGUCCCAAACGUGGAAAAAUCCAGCUUUAGAUGCAGCAUCUGUGGCUGCAGGAUUCAGCCGCUCAGCUCGUUCACCAAUCACAGAGGAGGUGCUGGAGGCUCUACGAAGCGCAGAUAGAAAAGGACGGGAUGUAGUGGUUGGACUGUCCAACGCUUGUUGCAAGUGGGGCUGCAGCAAGAGUGAAAUCAGCUCUCUGUGUUGA